CCGCCGAUCUCCCUCCACCGCCGGCCCCGGCGUCGUCAUGCACUGCCAAGCCGAAGUCCGGCUCGCCUCCCCCGGGCAGCUCAAAGCAGCCAGGCGGCGCUACAAGACCUUCAUGAUCGACGAGAUCCUCUCUAAGGAGACGUGCGAUUACUUUGAGAAGCUCUCGCUCUACUCCGUCUGCCCGUCGCUCAUCGUGAGACCCAAACCUCUCCACUCCUGCACCGGCUCCCCUUCUUUGAGGGCCUACCCGCUCAUCUCUGUGAUCACCAGGCAGCCCUCAGCAGUCUCCCACUUCAUUCCCGCAGCAAGCACUUCUCAAGUUCUCUCACCACAUCCUCCCUCGGGAAGCACUUGCUCGGAGACACCGGCCAGGGAAACUCAUGGGAGCAGUGAAUCGGAGACCGAACAGCCCAUCCCACGUUUGAAAAAGCCUCGGCGCAGCCGGACCAUCUUUACAGAACUCCAGCUUAUGGGGCUGGAGAAGAAGUUCCAAAAGCAGAAGUAUCUUUCCACACCGGACAGGCUGGAUCUUGCGCAGUCCCUGGGCCUCACUCAGCUCCAAGUGAAGACUUGGUACCAGAAUCGCAGGAUGAAAUGGAAAAAAAUGGUCUUGAAAGGUGGGCAGGAAGCUCCUACGAAGCCCAAAGGUCGUCCCAAGAAAAACUCCAUUCCAACUUCAGAAGAGAUUGAAGCGGAGGAAAAGAUGAACAGCCAAGCUCAGAAACUGGUGUCGGAGGAAGAGCAGAACCAGAUAAACACGGAACAAUCAGAUGCUUCCUCAGAAACACAGGAACCUUCUGAACCCAAAGUAGAAACUGCCCAGGAGGAGAAACCAUCAAGUUAG